GCGUGAACAGUGUUUCCCAUGAUAGGGGACUGCAGUGGGAACCAAUUGCUGUGGAAAGGUUCACCAACGGAACGUAAAUAAAGUAACACUCAGUGGAACCGCUACAUUUAACCAGGCUCAAACGUGGUUGUCGUUGUUUUACUAUCAGUGUUUUAGGGUGUGUGGCCAUGACUCGGGGUAGGAGGACUAAGUUGGAGCCCUGGAUAGAGCAGGUCAUCCUGAGUUAUGGCACAGAGCCAGAGGAGGAGAAGAAGAACACUCUGAUGAAAGCGCAUGUUGUGGGGGUUGGCCGGAUGUCAGAGUCUCAGGCCCGGCAGACUGAGGGUUUGACAACGUUGCUGUUCCUCUCUGAUGGAGUGGUGCACAUCCCCGCCAUACUGACCCAGGACGCCUGGGAGACUCUUCAGGAGCAGGAGGACCGUGAGUGCUUCUCCAGUCUCAUUAAUUGCACAGUGUGUGUGUUUUCAUACACACUGAAGUUCAACAUGGACUCUGAACAGACAAAGAGCCAGUUUUACUUAUCGGUUGGUGAGCUGACCACCACAUCAGCUGGGGCUGCUAAAGACAACACCCCUUGCUGCACAUCGCUCAACUCAGUCAGACAAAGGAUCUGUACAACAUGGAGAUCCCUGCUUGCUCAGGAUUCUGUCCAUACUCAGAACACCCAGUCUGAGUUCAGUCUGUCAGAGCUGCUGGGGGAGUGGCAGCAUGACUGGCGCCAGUCUCUGUUGAAGGAUGUGAUGGAACUCCUGAGGACGCCCACAAACCUCCCCUCCCCACAGGCCUCAACCUCCAACGCCCUCACACACACUGGCACCAGAUGGGCUAUUGAAAGGUUCAGAUAUAAGAGGGAGGAUACUUUCAAUGUCCCUGUGUCUCACCUACACAUCCCAGACAAUCUGAGUCAGAAACUGCACACACCCUCAGAAGACAACAGUGAAACGCAGAGUGGACUGGUCCCUCCAUCUGAAGACAGACCGACAGACCCACCAGAGACAGAUCAACCAAUCCUUGCUGCUGACAGCAGGCAGACUGACAAGCCAGUGCCUCUGGAGAGAAGACAUCCGGCCCAUGAGCAAACACUUUCUCGUGACUUAUGUUUGUUAACUGAGGAGAGUAUGGAUGGCGAGGUGGUGUCAGGGAUGACCGGAGGAGCAGUGGCGAGCCCAUGGGACAUGUUUGCACCAGCAGCAGAGCUGCUCAGGACCUCCUCUGCAUCUGAUGAAUCCAUCACCUCGGAGCCCCUCCCCCUCCAGAAGAGCCAGUCUCUGCUUGACUCCACUCCACAACCAGUCACUCUUGCAACAUUUCCCCUGGCAACCAGCACCCAGGUGCCAUCCCUGACCCCUGGGGCCACCCAAAGGUCAGGCGAGCGCUCCCUUCCUCCUUAUCAAAAACCAGGCCCCUCCCACAGCCUACUCCCCUCCAGUGGCUCCUCCUCCACUGUGAGUCUAUCUACAAAGAACCAACACUCUGGCAUGAAGCUCCACCACGGUAGCUCAACCACAGCACAUCAACUUACAAUCACAGAGCAGCAGGAUCAGGUGGAGGAAGAGGAGGAUGUUGUGAAGAGGUGGUGUAGUAAGGCUAAGAGGAAGAGUUCCGUUCAGACCCCCGAGGAUAAUGAUAUCACCUUGGAGGAGGAAGAUAUGCAGAAGAAACGCAGCCCGCCCUCCUGGAUGUUUGAAACUCAGAAUAUUCCCAGGAUUGGGGAGGGAAGCAGCUGCAAUCAGAACGCAGUUGCAGCAAUAGCCCCCCAGAGGCCCUCCAAUGUUCACAGUGAUGGUACUUUGUUCUCAUAUUCUUAUCAGCUGUGUGGCCGCAUUUCGAAGGAUUUAAGCCAUUUAAAGAUUCCUGAUGGCAUGUUGCACUGGGCUGUAAGGUACCUGGUCCCUUCCAUGCAGACGGAGGUUGUCAAGGAUACACAGCUGCGACCCCAGACUCACCCCAGUUGACCACCUGAGGUCAUCACCCCCAUCUUCCCAUUGUGUUGAAUCCAUAGUGUACAGAGGCAGCUUUGUUUUUUUAUGAAUCUCUAUUGUUACGUUUACAUUACACAGAUGUUCUUUCCUUAAUUUGACAUUUGAAUAACACACAUGCACUUAUUUCCUUAUGCAAACAUUCACUGGCUGCUAUAAUAAAAUACAAAUCAUA